GCGGAGGUGUUUAAGCAGGUGGGUCAAGCUGCAGCAAGUAUUUAGGAAGACCAAGGCUGUGGUGCCAGAGAGCAAAGACCCAUCUGUUGUUUCAUCGUUUGUUUAUUCCUCCUCCUCAUGCCUUCCCCCUCCUUUAAAUCCAGGAACCGUUCACGCCUCUUGCAAAUGAGAUUUGGGCGAUUCUGAGAGAACAGCGUGUUGCAUAGCGUGUGUGUAUGUGAAUGCAUUCGCGGGGGUAGGAUACUCGGUCCUCAGUAUUUGCCUGUGAUCAGAAGAAAACAGGAUGUGUCUAUAGCUGGAGGAGUGACAAUGCUAGCCCAGUGGGGCUCACCUGCUGGUGAUCUUUGCAGAGGCAUUUGAGGAUUAUUCAGCUCCAGAAGGUCUGUGUGAGGAGUGCUAUUCUCUGCUGUGGCUGAAAAUAGGAGGUGCCUACCCCUACCUGGCUCGAUUAUUGCCAUCAAAAGGACCAGUUUGCCACCACUGUGGGAAGAAGCAUUUUCUGCCACGGACAAGGUUAUGAGGAUUAUGACCACAUGUGCAGCUCUGCAUAGCUAUCUACUUGAUGAUGGUGACUCCUUAGAGAAUACAAGCAAACUCUUGACUGAGCAUCAGCAUAGUGCUUUUUUUAUCCAAAAGAUUUAAUAAUUGCUUUUCACCAGCUCUCCAACUUUGUUCCACCAUGCUGUCUCUACCAGCCUAAACCAUUUCCUAAAAUGGUCCUUUUGCUGUUCAUUGCAAUCCUGCUGUUGAAGGAAGAUGUCUGUGGGAACUUUGGGCUUUUGGUUUCAGCACAGGCAAAUGAAAGAAGGGUGGUUGCACACAUGCCUGGUGAUAUUAUCAUUGGAGCUCUAUUCUCUGUCCAUCAUCAACCAACUGUUGACAAGGUUCAUGAGAGGAAAUGUGGAGAGGUAAGAGAACAGUAUGGCAUUCAAAGAGUGGAGGCAAUGCUACAUACCCUCGACAGAAUUAAUUUGGACCCCACACUGUUGCCAAAUAUAACUCUAGGAUGUGAAAUAAGGGACUCCUGCUGGCAUUCUGCUGUGGCUCUGGAGCAGAGCAUUGAGUUUAUAAGAGACUCUCUUAUUUCGUCUGAAGAAGAGGAAGGGAUGGUGCGAUGUGUGGAUGGAACCUCAUCAUCUUUCCACUCCAAGAAACCCAUUGUUGGUGUCAUUGGACCUGGCUCUAGCUCUGUUGCUAUCCAGGUCCAGAACUUGUUGCAGCUUUUCAAUAUACCUCAGAUUGCUUAUUCUGCCACAAGCAUGGACCUAAGCGAUAAAACUCUGUUCAAGUAUUUUAUGAGAGUUGUGCCAUCUGAUGCACAGCAAGCAAAGGCUAUGGUGGACAUUGUCAAACGCUAUAACUGGACCUAUGUUUCUGCUGUACAUACUGAAGGAAACUAUGGUGAAAGUGGAAUGGAAGCUUUCAAAGAUAAUGCAGCCAAGGAAGGGAUCUGCAUUGCACAUUCCUACAAGAUCUACAGCAAUGCUGGUGAACAGAGCUUUGACAAGCUGUUGCGAAAGCUUCGGAGUCACCUGCCCAAGGCAAGAGUGGUUGCUUGCUUCUGUGAAGGCAUGACUGUGAGAGGUCUCUUAAUGGCUAUGAGGCGCCUGGGACUCGCUGGAGAAUUUUUGCUGCUGGGCAGUGAUGGCUGGGCAGAUAGGUAUGAUGUGACAGAAGGGUACCAGAAUGAAGCCGUUGGUGGGAUAACGAUCAAGCUCCAGUCUCCAGACGUGAAAUGGUUUGAUGAUUACUACCUACAGCUUCGGCCAGAAACCAACCAUAGAAAUCCAUGGUUUCAGGAAUUUUGGCAGCACAGGUUCCAGUGCCGGUUGGAAGGGUUUCCUCAAGAGAACCCUAAAUAUAACAAGACUUGCACAAGCGAGAUGACUCUGAGGACACAGCAUGUUCAGGACUCCAAGAUGGGCUUUGUAAUCAAUGCAAUAUAUUCGAUGGCCUAUGGGCUCCACAACAUGCAGCUGUCGCUGUGCCCAGGCUACGUGGGCCUCUGUGAUGCCAUGAAACCCAUAGAUGGCCGGAAGCUCCUGGAAUCCCUCAUGAAGACUAACUUUACUGGGGUUUCUGGGGACAUGAUCUUGUUUGAUGAGAAUGGUGACUCUCCAGGAAGAUAUGAAAUCAUGAAUUUUAAACAAAUGGGGAAGGACUACUUCGAUUAUAUCAAUGUUGGCAGCUGGGACAACGGUGAGCUGAAAAUGGACGAUGAUGAAAUAUGGGCAGAGAAAAGUAAUAUCAUCAGAUCUGUAUGCAGUGAACCCUGUGAAAAAGGCCAGAUAAAGGUGAUUCGUAAAGGAGAAGUGAGUUGCUGUUGGACCUGCACUCCUUGUAAAGAGAACGAAUAUGUAUCUGAUGAAUACACAUGCAAAGCCUGCCAACUUGGCUCCUGGCCCAAUGAGGACCUCACAGGUUGUGACCUCAUUCCAGUCCAGUAUCUCAGAUGGGGCGAUCCAGAACCAAUUGCAGCAGUUGUUUUUGCAUGUUUGGGUCUGCUGGCCACCUUGUUUGUUACAGUUAUAUUCAUAAUGUACCGUGAUACUCCAGUGGUCAAAUCAUCCAGCCGAGAACUUUGCUACAUCAUCCUAGCUGGUAUCUGCUUGGGUUACUUGUGUACUUUUUGUCUCAUUGCAAAACCCCAACAGAUUUACUGUUACCUUCAACGAAUUGGCAUUGGUCUCUCACCAGCUAUGAGUUAUUCUGCUCUGGUAACUAAAACCAACCGUAUUGCAAGAAUCUUGGCUGGAAGCAAGAAGAAAAUCUGUACAAAGAAACCUAGGUUCAUGAGUGCCUGUGCCCAGCUGGUUAUUGCAUUUAUCUUGAUAUGUAUACAACUAGGCAUCAUUGUUGCCCUCUUUAUAAUGGAACCACCAGAUAUAAUGCAUGAUUACCCAAGCAUCCGAGAGGUCUACCUGAUUUGUAACACCACCAACUUGGGUGUUGUAACUCCCCUUGGAUAUAAUGGAUUAUUAAUUUUGAGCUGCACCUUUUAUGCUUUUAAGACAAGAAAUGUCCCAGCUAACUUCAACGAAGCAAAAUAUAUCGCCUUCACAAUGUAUACCACCUGCAUCAUUUGGCUGGCUUUUGUGCCAAUAUAUUUUGGAAGCAACUACAAGAUAAUCACCAUGUGCUUCUCAGUGAGUCUGAGUGCCACAGUGGCCCUCGGCUGCAUGUUUGUGCCCAAGGUCUACAUCAUCCUUGCUAAGCCAGAAAGAAACGUACGCAGUGCGUUCACCACAUCGACUGUAGUCCGCAUGCACGUAGGGGAUGGAAAGUCAUCUUCAGCUGCAAGCCGCUCAAGCAGCCUGGUGAACCUGUAAAGAAGGGGAUCAUCUGGUGAAACCCUUAGGUACAAAGGCAGGAGACUGGCUCCCCCGCACAAGUCGGAAAUAGAGUGUUUCACCCCAAAAGGGAGUAUGGGGAAUGGUGGGAGAGCUACAAUGACCAGUGAAGAAUCUGUUUGCAUUCCAGACUGUAAUCGAUCUGAGUCAAGUAGAGAGGAGAAAAAGGUUCCUGUUAAAGAGGAUGCCCUAACAGUCAAAAAGACUGGAAACUGUGUCAGUCUAAUAGUGCCACAGCAAGAUUGUCAGCUGCGAGACCUACUUAAACACUCUAAUGGGAAAUCAGUUUCCUGGGCCCAGAACGAGAAAAGCAGCCGAGGAGCACACCUUUGGCAGCGGUUGUCAGUCCAUAUCAACAAAAAAGAGAACCCCAAUCAAACUGCAGUGAUCAAGCCUUUUUCUAAAAGCACAGAUAGUAGCCGACCCAGUAGCAGCGCUACAUUUCCUGAGGCUAGUGCCAAAACACUUUACGACGUUUCGGAAGCUGAAGAGCAAUACCCAGCUCAGUACCGGCCGCAGACUCCCUCACCCAUCAGCACUUUGAGCCACAGAACUGCCUCCGUUAGCCGAACAGAAGACGAUGCCCCCACCUUCCAGUCAGAACCUCCGCAGCGAAGUAGCUCCUCUCAAGGCUCCCUCAUGGAGCAGAUCAGUAGUGUGGUUACUCGCUUUACAGCCAAUAUCAGUGAGCUGAACUCUAUGAUGCUUUCGACAGCUACUCCAGGGACAAUGGUGGCUGCUCCUCUCUGCUCUUCAUACCUGAUUCCGCGGGAAAUCCAGCUCCCUACAACAAUGACCACGCUUGCAGAGAUCCAACCGCUUCCCGCCAUUGAAGUCAAUGGCGCUUCACAGUCUGGUAGGAAACCUUCAAAUGACAGCGUCAAAGAAGGCACUUCAGAGACCCCGUCAGCCAAGCAAGACCUGGAGGAGUUGGUAGCUUUAACUCCUCCUUCUCCUUUUAGAGACUCCAUUGAUUCUGGAAGUGCAUCUCCCAGCUCUCCAGUUUCUGAAUCAGCUCUCUGUAUCCCGUCCUCUCCCAAAUAUGACACACUCCUCAUCAGAGAUUAUACUCAAAGUUCUUCUUCGCUGUGAAUGUAAUUCAAGACAACAUUGGAUCUCAACAGCUAUAAAGAAGUAGCGAGGGAACAGCCAAGCCUUCAAGAUCUCCAGUGUUUACGCAGAUAGAGAGGCAUUGGGUCAUCUCGUGAGAAAUGGAGGGGAAGAAGAGGAAUUAUUUGAGAAGUGGAAACAUCAGAUUAAUUAUGCUGAUUUAAAGACAAAAUGACUCUUGGCAGAUUAUCGUGGCCUUAAAAAAACAUGGGCUUUUCAGAAACACUGAAUCUACUUUUGAGGGCUUAUAAGGAGUCUGUUAAUCCAGUUACAUACCAAGUGCUUUGCUUUAGUAUUACAAUGAACUGUGUGUACAAUAUACGGGGUAGGGUGGGAGGGAAACUAGAUUGUAAACAACUGUACAAUGGUUUGUUUGUUUACUCUGAUUCCUUACCCAGAAGUGAACCUUGAUCUUUUAUCAAGAAUAGAAGACCAAACAUUGAAUGUACAUUUUCUAACAGACUCAAAUCUGGGACCAACCUGUCAAGCUUUCUUUCCUUUUUUUUUUUUCUAUGAAGAUCUCAACAAGCAGUAAUGUAUGUUCAAUAACUAUGAAACUUUUUGCUGAAGAAUAUUGUGUCUGUGAUACCUUACACUUGGAUAACACUAAGCUGAGGCUUUGCAGUGAGUGACUGCAAUAUGGAGGGCUUUACAAGUGACUUCUCUACCUACACGUUUGUUUAUGAAAUUCUCUUCUAUCAGUAUCAAAAGUUCGAUUUGUUAACAUUGGAUUCACCUUCACAACAACAAAACACAAGGAAGAUUUCCUGACUAUUUCACCAUGUUGCCAACUAAUAAUGAAGUAGCAAAAAAUAUUUUCUGGAGUACUGUUUUGUAAUUCCCUUAUCAGGGCAAGUUGUUGAGAUGAAUAUUCUCUUUCUAGCAGCACUACUGAGCUAUAUUAUAGCUGCACUCCCUACUGAAACUAAUACAUUUUUAUGGAUGUUCUUAUGCUAACAUUACCAGUUAAAAUACUUAUUCAGAUUCCCAUAAUCUUUGCUUGUAAGGAACAGGUAAACACCCUAAGGAUUUUCUUCAUACUUUGAAUGACAGAAUUCUGGGAGACCAAUAUGGAUUAUGAUGAAUGCUUACAGUCAGUGAAAAGGUUGUCAUAAUCAUAAUUAAUAUAUAUAGGGAAAAAUGACCCGUGUCAAAGUCUGCUUAGAGGUGAUUUAGCUACUCUUUAAUAAGCAACAAUUUUGAACUUAUUUAGCUGCUGAUGUACUGCAGCUAUGAACUGUGACAAAAAAAAAAUACUUUCAAAGCAAUACAGAGUUAAGGUUAAAGCAGAGAAGACCUAAUGAGAUACGAAUCAACAGUCUUUGUUUCUUAACAACUCAGAAUAAGGAAGGGGAUUCCUCAUAUUUUUUUCCUAUAUCAAGGUAGUACAGUUUAGUGCACUUCAUACUGUCACAGCACUUUUUUAAUACAGGCAGGGAAGAGUUUUAAAAGUUUGAAUAGUAGCUAAAUAAUUUUUGAUAGGUGUAGUUACAUAGAACUUUUAAGUCAGACCCUAAACGCACACUGUAUUGGCUCUCUUCUUCAUGACAUAGCUGUCCUCAGGUGCCAAACUUUUAUGGAUUUGUUUUAUUUUAUUUAAGGGUAAUAUGAAGUGGUGAGUGAUGUACUUCAAUUCAAAGUUGAAUUGAUGUAGCCUUAUACAGAAGACAGCUUCAAGGAAGGGAGCCUUGAAAUAAGGCUGCUAUGCUUCAUUUUCAAAACCUUUUAGAUCUUAUUUCUUCAAAGAUAAUGAAUAUUUUGUAAUCAGAAUUCAUACCUCCUUUUCCUCCCCUAUGUCCAAAAUAAUAAAUAUUUGAUCAAACAAGCAAAAGAUGAAAGCACAUUCACAUACUUUAGCAAAGAUUAUUUUCUAUUCCUUUGGGAUGCUUAUUUCUCUAUUAUGUGUUGCACCCCAAUUUGCUGCUCAACAACAUUUAAAAUAGAAAAGUAACAGAUGACUGAAUCCAAACCAGCACCUCAGAGAGAUACUCAGUGACACUGUGCAUCCUGAGCAAGGCAGUGUUAUCCAAUUGCAGUCUGGGCAUGCUUAUUUUUCCAGGUACAGUUGUUUAUUAGCUAUGCCUAUAGCAUGAACAGGCAGGUCACAAAACAGCUCUACUCCAGAAGGCAAAUUGAUACACUAAGUCAUGACUGUAGGUCCCUGUUGCUUAUGUGUAGCUUUUGCCUCCCAUGACUGCUUAGCACAGACUCAGUUCUGUGCAGCUCUAUGGUUUCCAGACUAGAGCUCAGUUCUGCCCUCUUGGUUCACAAAACUAGCAUGUCUCAUCAUCCCCUAGCUGCCCAUGUCUUUAGGAGAAAGAAUCUUCUGUCACUGGUUACAACCCACAUCUAAAGGGAAGAGCAUGUCCAAUCAGUCUGUGACACAAACAUUCUCAUUUAGGGAGACUAGACCACUUAAAUGUUGUUUGUGGAAUACUUAUAUGAUAAUAUAUGUCUCCCAUCAGUGCAAUAUUGUUUUGAUACAAACAGAGUGUCCUGAGAUAGUUAAUGUUAAUUUCAAAGGGAUUCUAUUACUACCUGUUCUCUUAUACAUUAAACUGUUGACCAACGUCCUUACAAGAACAUUCUCCGUCUUGAUCUUACCCUAGUAUUUUAGGUCCCCAUUUCUGUAGUCUUUUUUUAUAGUGGUGAACAAUUAAUGUUAAUGUAUUCUCGCUAAAAUUAGUGGGUUUCACUGCAACGUGAAAUAAUCAGCAGUGGAAAUAAGGAUUAUACAGACAAACAUAAAAACCUUUUCUUAAAUAUAAAAUUUAAAAAAAAGGAGUGAGAAAUAUAAACUGUCAAACUCAGCAUAAAUAUACCUCUUCUGCUCCCAAACUGCAAUUCUGAACCAUCCUGGCCUUGCUCAGAGCUUCCUGACAACUUUCAUAUAUAUUGCCAAGAUGAUAUAGGUAUACAGAUGCACCAUGCCCCCAAACACACAAACACCCCAGUCUAACACCUGAAUGCAUGGUUUAGAGGCCUAAAACCAUAAUGUUACACAAUCCAAAUUUUAAACACUUUUGCCCACUCUCAUUUUGGGAGGAGUCAUGCGUCUUUUGCAUAUCUAUCAACCACAGCAGAAAUCUUAGUUGCACAAGGAACCAUGGAUGGACCUUGCUGAGAUAGUACCCUCUUGGAGUCAGUCUAUUUUUAAUGAAAAAUAGUGGCAUUUAAAUAAGGCACAAUAAAUCUAAUUGUGCAGCCUGGAAUACACCAACAUCAUCUUCUAUGAGGUGUUUGGAUUUCAACAGAGGGAGAAAAGGGAUUUUGGAGAAUAAGGUGACAAAAGUGUAAUGCCUGUAGUAGUAAUUCAAAGGAGCCCAGAGGGAGAUUUGCAAGACUGGAAAGUUCCUUGAGAGAAGCCAGUGGGUAUGACAUAAGAGAAAAGAAAAUUAUGAAUGACAGACAUCAUGAUUUCACUAUGCUCUUUGUACGCUAGUCCCUGUUUAGGACAUUAAGAUAAAACGGUAUGGUUUUUCAGGCAUAAAUGCAAAAGUUACGAUCAUGAAUACUUUCUAAUCUAACUAAAGAAUGUGCAAGUACCAACUGAAUGGCUUGAAUUUGCCUUCCAAUUUAGUGCUGCUGCCAGAAACAGAAUUAAAGGAGUUGAAACUUAAAAGGAGUUGUCAUUCUUGACCACAGGGACCUCAAAAAAUCAUUUAUUUCUUUUGUGCUUGAGGCCAACCCUGAAGAAUGAGGGUGUAACCACCUCUAGAUCUGUGCUUUGAAAUAAAGUGAAUCACUCUGGCAGCCCAGUUGGGAAAAAAAGCUUUGCAAUACUGAAGAAGAAUUGCAUUUUUAAAUUGGGUCUGAAGAAUAAUUGCAUGACUUUGGAGAUGUGCUUCCUCGUACUUCUAUCUGAACAUUUGGUGCCUAGACUCAUACAGAUACUUUAGACCAGAUAUUUUUAGACCACAGUCCACAAAUCCCUUGCUGAUGUUUCAUGGGAGCCUAGCUGAUCACAAGGUACUGGUUUCUUCCAUUGAUUUCCAGCCAGAAAAGUGAGUUAGAAGCUAAAUGCUAAUUAAAAAAUAACUGUUAAAAGAUUUAAAAGAAAAAAAAACAGUUAUGUUACUUUGCUUGGAUGUUUAUUCAGUUGCUGUGUUUGCAAAAGGAAAGCUUUUAAUCAAAACUGGGAGAAUAAGAUCUACAGAGAGAGUAAAUGUGUAGGCCAAUCCAUGAUUCUGCCUCUGGAUGAUAGCAGAGUUCCCCUGGGAAUGUUUUCAUUAGAGUGUGCCAGACCAAAAUUGAAAGACUGCAUAGCUGUGGGUGUAAGGACUGUAAAGGAAAGUGUGCAACCUUACUAUUCUGCUUAAUACUGCUUCAUGAACAAGAAAAUCAUUUAUGAGGUGAGAGGAAAAAAGAUGACAGAAACAGCCAGCAUGCUAAAAAGUUGGUUCCUUAGGGAAAUAAGAGCACUAUGCUGAGGAUUAAUAAUGUGACCAUGAUUUUUUUAGUGUAUUGGAGACCAGUGUCAGGGCUGACUAAAAAAGAAAAGGAGUUUGGUGCCUCAUGUUAGGAUUUCAUUAGAACUUAAUGCCUACAUUUAAAACUCAACUUCAAAGCCACUAUUCAACUGCCACCUUACUUGGGCAUCAAGCAUUGUAUGUCUGCGUAUGCUCAGAAGUACCCUCAUCUUCACACAUAUCUUUGUACAUAAUUCAUGCUAAAACCCAUCAGGAAUGCAGAAAACACUGGUUUCUUGGUUAAAUCGCUGUGUAUGCCAUACUGCACACAGAAUGCACAGUACUUAGACAUCAGGAUCAUAUUCCCUACAAAAUGGAGUAGAAAUCAUCCUUUGUUUUAAGGUUGUGGGUCUGAUUAUGCUGCUGUUUUUAUGACACCUUUAAGGUUAGAAUAGUCAGGUAGUAGGCAAGUGACCUGAAUUCAGUCCCUACCAUUGUUGGAGGUGAUGAAAUCUUCCUCCUGGCUGGACAGUGCUCUAAUGACUCAGUUUUGAAAUAUCCUCUGUUCAUCUCACUAAGGUCAUUUUACAUGAUAGAAACAAAAUUUAAGAGCCUUGCACUAGAAAAGGAACAGCUACUGUGCAACCUGAUAGGACAUACACUUGGUAUAAUUAAUGAUCACAUGUGACCAUUUAAUAUAAAAUACUUAAAAAAAUUUCUGUAACAGGGACCAGGUGAGUAUUUUAACUCCAAAGAAGUGGAGACAACCUUUUGUCUGUGCUAUGUAUUGGCUAGAAAAAAAUGUUUCCUGAGAAGUGUUUUAGUGACAGGAGGGGAGGAUGUGCCCUUACAUAACUCUGUCUGCAACCAUCUUGUCUGCCAUCUGGAGUUCUUAGACGCUUUCAUGGAAAGGAGACACUGAGCCUUCUUGGAUAGGUGAAGGAAUUAAACUUGGGGUCCCGAAUUCUCUGAGACUGCAGAAAAAGGGACCCCUUUCAUUUUCCUCCAGCCAUCUUAUACAAAGGAAACUCAUCUUUGAAACAAAAAGUAUAGUGCUGUCCAAAAAUUGAUCCCAGUGGAAAAUUAGCAUUUUCUGUUCAUUGCAUUUCCAUGUUGAUUCAAGUAGGGUAAUCCUGGACAUCUCCUUCCUUGUUGUGUUGUUUUAUUGGGCACCUAACUCUCCUCACAAACUCCACAGUAAGGUUAGACAUUUAACAAAGGGUUCUGACCCCCACACUAGAGCCAAAAAACUAUGUAUUACACUGUAUAACUAAGGGCUGAAGUCCUUUGCUGGCAUUGGCUUCUAAUCUAUUGAGGUCAAGGGACUCACUCCAGAUUAACAUCCAUCUAAAGGAAAUCAAAGUUGGAUAAUAGCCAAUGAAGUCUAGAUUUUGGCUACUUGUUCUGCAAAGAAUGAUAAUGACAGGAUGUUCUUCCCGCUUUCUUUUGAAUCAAACAGCAGAUGGAUUUUACUAGUUUCAUUCCUGAAACUAGGCUUGGUGAACAGUACCUUCCUACAAUACUUCUUUAUCAUUGCUAGUCUAUCUGGUACCUCAGUGGGAAAAUCAUCCUCUAACUUAACAUAUGUGUUAAAGGAUGCAAGAGAAUGUGUCCAAAAGUAAGAAGCAGGUCACAGUUUUCUGGGAGUUUCAUGAAUCUCAUAAAAAAAAGUCAAUACUCUUCAUGAAUAAGAAAAUCAUUCAUCUGCUACCCAUUCCACUGGGCACUUCACUUAGUAAAGACAUCAGCUGAGUCACCCAAAAUCACUUUUUUUGCAGUGGUUUAUUUUUAUAUCCUCUAUUCAAACCUCUGCAA